GCCUCACAAGCGAGCGUUUUUAUCACAACAAUAACAAUCUUGGCCUCAGAUCCCUCUAUCAUCGUCGCCUCUCAACCUACAGCAUCACGUUCUUGGACAUGGCUGGCACGGCAAGCACCAACUAUUUGAAGGUCCUCGUUCACCUGCGUAAGACAUCUCAGACAGCAUACAAGUUAGCCAAGUUCAACAAAUGCAUACUGGACCACUUAGGACUUUCUGGUGAUGGAUUUGUUGAGUGCACUUUAGAGAAUAAUCAGCUCCUGCUUCAGUGUCCAGAUUCAGAGAAUAGUAACAAUACUGAUUCUUCAGGACCCAAUGAGAAGUCUGUGCAAUACAGGAUCAUGCAUCCACCAUUCUGCCCCAUUCAACACCUGGAUGAGGAAGGCUCCGCUGCAUUGCCACACGAGAUAAUCACACGAGGGGUAGAUGUUGGUGUAGCAGUUCUUCUGGAGUCCAGCGACAAACACCUGCUGCUAACCAGAAGGGCGGCACACAUGCGGACCUUUGCAGGAUUAUGGGUACCUCCUGGUGGUCAUGUGGAGAAAGGAGAGACAUUGGAAGAUGCAGUAUUAAGAGAGCUGGAGGAAGAAACAGGUCUCUUAGUCACACUGGAAGAACGUCAGAAUGCUCACAUCUUGGGUCUUUGGGAGUCGGUAUAUCCCCCACUACUAGAACUGGGUCAACCAAAAAGGCACCAUGUUGUUAUAUACUUACAUAUAACCCUUCAGAGAACCUCAGAAGAGCUUCAAAAACAGUUUAAGUUAUGUCCAGAGGAAGUUGAUGCUGCUGUAUGGAUGUCUGUGGACCUCAUCAAGUUAGCAGUGUGGAAUACCAAGUUUGCAGAGCAAUAUCAGAGCCAAAGCACAGGGAAUGUCUCACAGGAUGAAGUCUACAUUACACUUGUCAAUAAGGAAGGAGAACAUGCUGCAAGCACCAUAGCAGCAUCUAUUCUGAAAGAAUCAGAUGAAAGCAGUGAUCUGAAUUUUGAGAGAAUUACCACAGGAAGCAGGUUUGCACUGUCCAUGUGGCUGGAACAACACUUGAAAGAUUCUGGUUUACCUGAAACAUCACAAAAAGAGUUGUAUAGUAAAUAUAUUUCUCAUGUAGUGACUGAAGACAAGUCUACCGAUUCAUUACCAAAGUUAAGGCCAAAAAUGUAAUUCAGCAAAAUUUGAAAGAAUAAAGCAUUGAAAGAA